ACAUUUCACUAAGUGAAAACUAGAAGUGCCCAGAAACAUGCUCGAUAUGACGUGUAAUUCCGCCAACAUUUGUUCGUACGGUAUAAAACAGCUUAAGCCGAAACAGGGCAAACAGCACACAUCGCUUCCACAUUUCGACGAGGUUUGGCAGCAACAGAAUCAACAGUUGCAGCAAGAUUUGCCCUGUUACGAACAGAGUUUCCUCAACCAGAGUCAGUCGACUUCGUCCCCAACUUUGCAAUACCUUCUGGAACAAGGCAAAAAGAAAGCAGAGAAUCGCUCAGUUGUGAACGUAUCACAGGCGAGUCUGUACAACAGUACGUAUAACAAUCAAUACAACAGUCAGUACAACAAUCUAAUCGCUCCCUAUAUGUCGAAUCAAAAUGCCUCAUCCGUUACGAUACAACCUCACUAUCAGCCAAUUCCGAUGACUCUACCUUCCACCGAACAGCAUUUACGAUAUCAGCAACAGAAUGUUUAUUAUGAAAACGGACAAAGUUACUUGCCGAACAAUACAUAUUCGAGCAAUUAUAACUCACUGCUGAUGACUUCUACCACAGUAACGCAGAAUCUGAGGUCGUCUGUUGUAAGGCCGUUGCAAAAGAUGCCGCAAGAAAAUAACUUAUACGCCGGGCAGCAAUAUAUAGCGCAACAAAGUUACGCGGGCAACAGUAGCGAACAAAAUCAGAUUGUAGCUAACAAUCAGGAGUCGUCUGUUGUGAGGUCGCCACAAGAGGUACUGCAAAAAAAUAACUUAUACGCCACACAGCAAUACGUAGCGCGACGAAGUUACGCGGCCAACAAUAGCGAGCAACAAAAUCAAACUGUACCCAGCAAUCAGCAGUCGUCUGUUACGAGCCCGUUGCAAGAGGUACCGCAAGAAGAUAACUUAUACACCACGCAACAAUAUGUAACGCAACAAAUUUACGCGGGCAACAAUAGCGAGCAACAAAAUCAGACUGUACCCAACAGUCAGCAGUCGUCUGUUACGAGCCCGUUGCAAGAAGUACCGCAAGAAGAUAACUUAUACACCACGCAACAAUAUAUAACGCAACAAAGUUACGCGAGCAACAAUAACGCUCAACGAAGUCAUAUUGCAACUAACGACUCUAAAAGCAAGCAGCAACCUUACGCAUGGUUGAAUUUUAAACAUGGUCCAGGUAAUGAAAACAAACGAGCACGCAAAAGACAAACCUAUACGCAACAACAAACGUUCAAAUUGGAGGAAGUAUUUUACGGAAGUCGUUACCUCUCUAAAGCAGAACGUGUAAAGUUGUCCAAAGAACUAAACUUAUCCGAACAACAAAUUAAGAUUUGGUUCCAAAACCGGCGAAUGAAAGCAAAAAAGGAACAACAAUCACAAUUACCGGUUAACCAGCAACAUCUGAGGUUCAACGAAACGCCCGUGCAGGAACAGUUAGUAUCACAACAGGAAUCGAUUAUGCAUCAACAACAGUCAACCGCGCAAACACAACCCUCGAUGCAACAACAAUGGCCGGCUACACAACAGCCACAACUUCACCAAAGACACCAGACUCACCAAAAUAGUGCGCAGCAACAAACGAUAGAACCGAGGGGUGACUAGAUAGAGUGGGGGAAUCGCUAUGCAGCUGCGCUGUUCACACGAACCAAGAUGGCUGAAAACGUAAAGCGUGCGUGCACGGACGUCCUGCUUUUAUUCUUAUUUUUGUAACGUUUUAAGUGUUUUAUGUAGUGAUAACUCUUUCGUUGAAACCAAAUGUACUGUGCAUCGCAUUACAACAUAGGAAAGCUUGAAGACCAUGCUUGUGAGUGCGUCGUUAGAAAUACUUCAGCAAUGCUGAUGAUAAGUUACCAUCUGUUCCUAAUAAAUCGACAAUAAGUUGACAUUGUAAUGGAUUUUAGCAGUGCAACAACGCGAACAUAAGAUGAGAUAUAAAAUAUAUCUACAUUAAUAUUAAUAUUAAUGUCUAUCGUGCUUCGUCCAAAGUCAUACUAUAUAUAAUUGUAAAUAUAUAAUUGUUUCUUACUGAUUACAUCAGUCUCAUAUAUCUUGUUUUAUAUUUAUUAUUUUAUCAUUAAUUGAUCUAAGUAUUCGCAUUUGUUAUUUAUUUGUAUAUCGCAUUAUUGUUUAUAAUGCAUUAGGUGCCAAGAAACUAAUUGAUUCAUGUUAAAAUGUGAUUCCUUUCAUCUUUUGCUUUUGUCCUGAUAUUUAGAAAGAGAUAGUGCCUUUCUAUUUGUAUAAUUAAUUGUACAAUCGACAUUCAUGUUUGCGAAAGAUGGUAAGAAUCAAUGAAGAAUAGAUGAUGUAAAUUAGAUAUACUCGUUAAAAAAAUUGAAAUUUUAAUAAAUAAAUAUAAUAAUAAAUGAA